AUGGACAGCGCAAACAGUACUCUCCAGCGGGUACAUUUUGCCUUGGAGCUCGAUAUGGGACAUCUCAGCUUGGAGGACAUCUAUCCUCGCGACGUAGCCGACUACGGCCAUAUGCGCGUGGGUAUGACCGACCUUUACGUGAAAGAAAAUCACGCCAUUUAUGGUUUGACUACGCUUGGCGAAUACCGCGAGAUGACUAGUCAGCUUUUACGCGACGACGCGGUGCAAAUGAUCAUCAGCGACAAACUGGCCGCAUUGCCCAAGGACUACGAUCCAUGGAUCUGGCGGAUCAACCGCCAUCGAGCCUUACGCGCCAAAUACGGGGAUAAAUUCGAUCCUUGGUCAGACGAC